AUGGGUCUGAAGGUGAGCUGCAUCAUUUCUCUUGCAGUUUCCAAAGGAGAGCUCCAGAGGCUCCAUAAUGCCUUCAAAAGGGCUGCUUCAAUCACAGGAACAAUAUCAGAGGAGAUCUUCCUCUCUGAUGUUCUUGGAAAUGGUAUUCCAAGAACACUGGGUCAUAUGAUAUUUGAAGCAGUGAGUGGAGGAAGUAGUCGUGGCUUGGGAUUCAGGGAUCUCCUGUGUUUCCUUGUCCUUAUCACCAAAGGGAAGAGGGAUGAGAAGACGAGAUUUUUGUUUCUCUUCUUCGCCAAUGAGAAUGGGACAGAGAUAGAGAAGCAUGAGUUUCUUGAAAAGCUGAGACUCUGCCAAGAACAUGUCAAAACUCAGAUCCUCUCCUCUCUCUUUCUAUCUAAGGAGCAGGUGGACUAUGGAGAAUGGAAGGAGUGGCUGAAUCGUGAGCCUGAAUCCCUGAGCUUAUCAAAAUGGUUGCUCGUUUGUCCUCCGACCGUUGGACUUUCUGAUGAAUCUGAACUCCCCACUUUUUAUCAGACUGUUUCUGGUGUGACACAUCGUAAGUCCCCAUGCAUUCUUAGAAAAGAUGCCUUGAAUACAGUUGACGAGAAGGAGGUGCUAGAACUGGAGAAGUGUUUCUGGGCACUACGGAAUGGUACUGGGAGGGGAGGCAUCAACCUGAGCUAUUUUGAGACCUUGGUCAGCCCUCCGUUGCCUCUAUGUGUUGUUCCUGGGAUUUUCAUGGCAUUCGAUGAGAAUCGAGAUGGCGAAUUGGAUUUCAAGGAAGUUGCAUGCGGAGUAUCCGCUGCAUGUCGGGGUCCUCUGCCUCUUCGCCUCAAGUGUGAGUGCCAAGAAUAUAAGUGCAGACUUAGGGCUCAUUUAGAACCUGACCUAUUCUACCUUGCAGUCGAGUUCAAAGUGUUCGACAGGGAUGAGGAUGGCGUAUUGAAUCGUGAGGAGGUGAUGGCCAUGGCACAAUGUUUGGUUGAUUCCACUUACGAACUGGACAUGAGGCUCCCUCUACCUGAUGUUGAUGAAGUCAUCGAGGAAGUCUGGAAGAAAUCAGAUGGCAGUGGUGUGUCAUAUGAGCAGUUUCUUCUCUGGGCUGUGGAAUCUAGUCUUGCUCAAAAUUUCCUUCAGCUCCUUUCUGAAGCAAUCAUUAUACCUGUUUGCCACAUUGUGCUUGGCCUCCGCCCAGUCACAAAGGAGGAUGAAAAGAAGAUAGUCAUAAAUUGGUUGGAAAGGGAGAGGAAGCGAACCAUGACACUGGGUGAAAUCUGGUAUCUAGUCAAUGCAGACUGGUGGAGAGUGUGGGAUAUUUCUCCUGGAGAAGGAAGUGAUUCUGGAGACCGGGCUGAUUCCCCCUCCAGGUCCACUCCCACCAGUCCUAGCAAAGUCAAAGCUUACUCAAGGAGCCCAGCAUCCUCUCCAGGACUAUGCCGGCGUUCCCCACCACCUCCCGCCUCUGUACCCAUGGCAUGCCCUGGAGCCAUUGAUAAUUCCCCCUUGGUUGCCCCCAAUGCCUGGAAAGUGUCAUCUAUCACAAGUGAAGGAGGGAAGCUGAAAGAAAACUUGGUUCAGGACAAACAAUUCAUCCUUGUUCCUGAUGCACUUUGGAAGGCACUCAGUUCCUGGUAUGGAUUCACUGUUUCCAUACCAAGGAAGGUAAACUUGCCUCCUCAUGUUUUCUUCUUGAGCUCAUCCUAUUUCAGAGAGUCCCAUGUGUUCUGUUCUACAGGAAUGAGUUACGUGCCAGCAUUGGGUUUGGCCCCUCGGAAGUAUCUGGCUUACAUGGGAGCAUUCAGUCAGAUGUGCACGGUCAAGGAGCUCGAAAUGUUCCUUUCUAGUCGACUGCAUAUUCGGCGGGAAGACCUGCGAGUAUGGCUUGUCAGAGAUGAUAAUAACAUGGUGCUGCUUGAAGACGAGGAGAAGACGUUAGAUGCAGUGCCUAUAAAGGGUGAAGAUCAAAUCCUGAUUGAGAUGCGAAACAAAGAUUUGACCUGGCCCGAAGAGAUGUCCCUUCUCCGCAAGCCACAGCGUUCAUCCUCUGUCUUCAACCAUGAUUGGCCACCUUUGACAGUGCCACCAGUUAAGGGUGCAACCGGUCUGAGCAACUUGGGCAAUACUUGUUUCAUGAAUGCAGCCCUUCAGAGUGUGAGCAAUACUAAACCUCUGACUCUUUACUUCACAUCAGGAAUGCACCUCCAUGAGCUCAACAGAGAGAAUCCAAUGGGGAUGAAGGGCCACAUUGCAAAGAGAUAUGGUGAUCUCAUUGAGGAAUUGUGGAGUGGGCAGGCAAAAUCAAUUGCUCCUCUCAAGCUCAGGUGGACGAUAGGAAAAUUUGCUCCUCGGUUUACUGGCUAUUACCAGCAUGAUUCUCAAGAACUUCUUGAGUUUCUGCUUGAUGGCCUUCAUGAAGACUUGAAUCGGGUCAGAGACAGGGUUGCCAUCGAACCUGUCAAGGUUAGGACUUCCUCAAAUCAAAUCCAACCUCUUCAGGACAGUGCUGAUCGCCCAGACAUUGAGGUUGCUGAAGAAGCAUGGGAAAAGCACAUCCUUCAAAACAAGUCCAUUGUUGUUGACCUGUUCCAGGGUCAGCUGAGGUCAAAAGUCACAUGCCAAGUGUGUGGGCAUGUGAGCCUGAAAUUUGACCCAUUCACUGUUCUCUCUCUCCCUCUCCCACUGGAUUCCUAUCUCCGCCUGGAGGUCAUUGGUGCGUCCCAUUGUGUCCUCUUGUACUGUUCUGGUGCAACAAAAUCAGAUUUGAGCGGUCAUUGUGAGAUGUGCCUGUGGUCCUUUUUUGCAGUGAUUCACUGUGAUGGAAGCAUGCCAAUAAAGUAUGGGGUGAGGCUCCUUGUCCCAGCCACAUAUUCUAGUCUCAAGGAAAAGCUGGCUCAAAGAACCAGUAUUCCCACCUCACACUUUGUCCUAGUGACAAUUCAGAGUGGUUCUCUUCAGGAGGCAUUUAGCAGUAUUUUUGUCCCACAGAGGAGGUUUCGUGAUGAUGAAGAAGUUGGGAGCUUACUAGUCUAUGCUUAUGAUGUACCAGGCAAGAAAGGAACAGACAUCGAUGAGGAGAGAGAUCCCCGUCCAAAUGGCAUCUCUGUUCCUGUCAACCAUGUAAGGCCACGAGAAGAUGAUUUUGUGGUUGCAUAUCAUCGCAAAAUGGGUCGGAAUGACACAUACUUCCUGGGACCCUGGGGUCGGAACAUACCACAGCUGUUUGGUGUGCCGAUUCUUAUUCCAUGGUCUGAGGACUUGACCCAUGCUGACCUGUACAAAGCCGUCUGGGUUCAGGUCUCACGCUUCAUCUCCCCUCCUCCUGUCAUCAGCUCCUCACUUGCAAAUCAUGCACAAGACUGUGAUGACAGCAUGGGCUAUGACUACCCAUUCAUCUUGAAAGCUGUAAGUGGGGAUGGGACAGUAUGCAGUCUGUGUCCCUGGUAUCGAUUCUGCCGGGGAUGCCCGAUCCCAUACUGUGAUGCUGAUUUCUCUUCCCUCACAUCCCAUGUUGCAAUUGACUGGGACCCCAGUGCCCUUCACCUUCGGUACCAAGCAUCAAUUGAACAAAGUUGUAAAGAAGAUGAGAGUGUCCUUGCCACCCUGGAAGCCCAGAAUGCCCCCAUCAAGGUAGAAGACUGCUUGGAAGCAUUCACAAGAGAGGAGCAUUUGAAUGCAGAAUGUUCCCAGUGCAAGAAGGAGCAAAAGGUCUCAAAACGGCUGGAAAUUUGGAGACUACCACCCAUUUUGAUCAUGCAGGUGAAACGGUUUCAUCUGGUUAACAAUCGCUGGGUUAAAUCCCAAAAAAUGGUUCAAUUCCCCUUGAAGCACUUUGAUCCAACGCAUUUCUUGGCUUCAGUUCCACGUUCCACGGUUCAGCGUCACAUGCGAGAGCUUCAAGAUCCCCAUGAAUCUCUACUAGAGAUAGACUUAGGGGAUGGGGAGGGAGCGAAGGUCACUUGGGAAGGAAAGAGUUCUUCGGAUCGACGGAAGCGGUUGGACAGUGUGACCAAGUGCAAUGUGAACCAAGGAGCCUUGCAGGAUUUCCACCAGCAUCGCCUUGUUGACCAUGCUGACCCCUUCUUCCUCAAAUAUAACCUCUACUCUGUUGUUUGUCACACUGGGAGUCAUCAGGCUGGCCACUAUAUCACAUAUGCCCUGAACCUCACUGGGACUUGGUUCCUUUUCAACGACAGUGCAUGCAGGCUCCUAUGGCUACCUGACUGUUGUGCACAGGAGGUGAAGGAAGAAGAUGUGAUGAGGGCCUCACCAUACAUGCUGUUCUAUGAGAGGGAGAACUUGGACUUUGGGAAAUACAUGCCAACAAUAGCCCCAGGGAGGCCAACGCCUGAUGUUGGGGAGCUGGACUCUGAGAUGGAGGCAGACAUAAAAAAGUAUUGUUCCAUCAUGUGA